AUGGCAUCUGCUUCUCGUCCGAAGACUCAGAAGAGAGAACCCACCACCCGCCGCACCCAGGCGUGGUCAGGGGCCAGGGCCUCUCCCACCUUCUCUCCUGCCAAUUCCCCUGCUCGCCUCCCAAACGGCCCUCCUCCAUCCAACAAUCAGGGGGCAUUCCCCCCAUUGGCCGGUGCCAAUGGCUCUCGCCCUCAGGAUCCCCCCCAGCCCCAACCCCAACCUCAGCCUCAGGAUCGCAUCAUUCAGUCCCUCACAGGUCUUAUUGGUACCACCAUUACCUUGACUACCAAGGGCGGACUACGCUACGAAGGUGCCGUGUCAUCUACAGGACCCGAAGGGGACAAGCAAGGCGUAACGUUGAAGGACAUUAGGGAAAUUUCAAAACCUGGAACUCCGCUCAAGGACUCCCUCUUCAUCCCUUCUUCCAGCAUCGACACAUGGCAAUCUGGCCCUGCCGAUGCCAAAGUGCCGAACGGUGAUUCCUUCAGGACGGAUACCGAGAUAGCCGCCAAGGCAAAACUGUCUCGCGAGCGCGAGUUACAAGCCUGGAAGUCUCCAGAGGAUGUUUCCAGCAGCGGUGCUGCGGCUGUGCAUGAAGGCCUAGGGGACGAGGUUACUUUCGGUCCGGGUGCGGGCGCCAAUGUUUCGUGGGAUCAGUUUGCCGUGAACGAGCAGAAGUUUGGCGUCACGACUUCAUUUAACGAGGAAUUCUACACGACCAAGUUGGAUCGCAAUGCUCCAGAUUUCAGGGAGCGAGAGAAGAAGGCGCAGCGCAUUGCUAGCGAGAUUAUGGGCGGUGCGACGAGUAAUCCCCAUAUGGCCGAGGAGAGGGGGUUGGCCAUCGAUGACAGUGGUAUAAAUGAAGAGGACAAGUAUGGUGCAGUUGUCCGCGGUGCGAAUGCUUAUGUUCCGCCGGGAGCACGUAAACCACAGCAGCUACAACAGACUGCAGGGACAUCAACUACCACAACUUCUCCACCGAAGCCUGAGAUUCCCAAGGUUUCUGUGAAUGGCCCCGAUGGAAGUGUAGUAGCCACAGCGCAGAAGGAGGUGACUCCACCCACAACCAAGUCGACGUCCCCGGCACCCUCGACCUCAUCUGUGACCAAGCCGCCCGCCGAUCCCGUUCCAGCAUUCCGUGAUUUCGUUACAAACGAAAGGCAACGCUUGACUCAAAAGAAACAAGCACUGGUUAAGAGCGAAAUGGACAAGCGCAAGGCAGAGCUCAUCAAAUUCUCUCAAACGUUCAAGGUCAGCGGCUAUCAUUUUACGUACUUUCUUGCACUGCUUACCGGCGUUUGCAACGUUCCCAAACAACAGCUCAACAAGCCUAUGCCUGAUGAUCUCGUUUCUAUUCUUGCCAAGGAUGAAGAAAAGAAACGCCAAAUCCGGGAGAAGGCUUCCCAAGACGCUGCUUCAGGGGCAGCACGUGCCAUCGGUACUCCUGCAACUCUCAACGCGUCUUCUAGCGCCUCACGAAUGCCACAAGUUCCAUCCAAGGUUGUUGCAGAGACGGCUCGUAAGCCUGCAUCUCCCGCGAACGUUCCUACGAAACCCGUACCACCCGCCGCCGCUGCCGCUGCCACUGCGAAACCUCCUGCGUCGAAGCCUGUUGAAACUGGAAAAACUAAUGGCAAAAUGACUGGCAUGUACAUCCAGCCCAUACCGCCGUUCAAAGGCAACAAGGCUCGCUCUCCAGCACCACAAGCAAACGGGACGACAUCCAGUGCCGCAGCUCCUACUGCUCCUACUUCUCCUACCACCGCCGCCAACCGAUUGAAUGCGAAUGCCUCGUCUUUCAGGCCGAACCCAAAGGCAAAUGCUUUCACUCCUGGUCCUACCUCUCCGAACCCCAGUGCUGCAUCCGCUUCGGCCUCUGCAUCGCCCAAGCCAAAGGCUGCAGAAUCUACUCCUGUAACUCCCAAUCCGUUCUUCGGUCCCAAGUUCGUGAUCAAAAAGGCGGUAGUUAACGUCAAGGACGAGUUCAAUCCUUUCAAGAGUGGCAAAAUUGCCGAGGCGAACACCGUAGCUGCAACCUGGCCAUACACUGGCAAGCGUUACAUGUACAUGUUCCCAACUGUUCAGCACCAGACGCCACAACAACCAACCAACAUGGCUCCGCCUGGUCCACCCCCCGUCACACACCCUGUCUACGAAGAGGGAGAACAACGUUUUGUCUACAUACCUUACUAUCAUGCUGGACAACCCAUGAUGCAUGGAAUGGCACCACCACCUCCCGGUGCUUAUGUGUCCUCGCCCUUCAUGCAACCAAUGCCAUAUCCACCAGGCAUGCCACCAAACGGGCAACGUGAGCGAUCUACUUUUUGCCAGGUUCGACCGUUGAACUCAGCCGAUGCUCUAGCGAUGUAUGCUGCGUCCCCAAUACAGAUGCCUCCACCGCAAUAUAUGCCACCGCCUGGCACGUAUCCGCCCCCACCAAAUGGUGCAGGUCCUCGUCCUUCGAUGCCGCCUACCCCUACGCCCAUGCAUGCACACCCUUAUUACCAAAGUCCACAACUACAACAUGCAGUUCCCUACCCAAUGAUGAUUCCUCCUGGAGGACCAGGUGGUCCCCCUCAUCCCUACGAGGCGGGGCCAGCGCCACCACCGAUGGGCGGCGUUGGCCACGCAUGA